CUGCGUCUGCUGCUGCUGCUGUGGUGGGAAAAAAAAUAAGCAGGCAGGUGUCGCGGAAGUUUACACUUGCAGAGACGCAUCCCUACGCGUCUUCUCUCCCCCCCCCUCUUUAUUUAUAUAUUUAUUUAUUUUGAGCAUCAUUUGGAAUAACGUGGGAGAGAGAGGCUGUCACUGCCGGUCACCCGGCUCCUACUGAUCCUCCUGUGGUUUUUCCUGCCUCGGCCCCUCCUCCUCCUCCUCCUCCUCCUCCUCCUCCACCUUCUUCUCCUCCUGUGUUGGACCAGCAGCAGCAGCUCAUUGUGGCGAGGCCAGGGAGGAUGGGGCGGAAACUGGACCUGACGGGGCUGACGGAUGAUGAAGCGGAGCACAUCCUGAAGGUGGUCCAACGGGACAUGAAGCUGCGAAAGAAGGAGGAAGACAGGCUGGGUGAGAUGAAGCAGGAGCUGGCGGAGGAGGGCAGCAGAUGCUCCAUCCUCUCCAAGCAGCACCGUUUCAACGAGCACUGCUGUAUCCGCUGCUGCGCGCCCUUCACCUUUCUGCUCAACCCCAAGCGUCAGUGCCUGGACUGUCAGUACAACGUCUGCAAGAACUGCUGCGCCUACGACAAGAGGGACAAAGCCUGGCUCUGCUCCGCGUGCCAGAAGGGCAGGAUUUUGAGAACACAGUCCCUCGAAUGGUAUUACAACAACGUGAAGAGUCGAUUCAAGAGGUUUGGCAGUGCCAAGGUUUUGAAGACUCUGUACAGAAAGCACAUUAUCGAGAGAGGUGGGCUGUCUGAUCUCCCAGAAAGCAGCUUUCACGAGGGAAGCACCGGCAACGACAACGAUGGCAGCAUCUGUGGCAGUGACUCUGCCUUCUACAGACAGAGCGAAGGACACAGUAUGGCAGAGACACUCACAGUCGCCCUGCGUGUUGCUGAGGAGGCUAUAGAAGAGGCCAUCGCGAAGGCAGAGGAGUUCAGUGACAGCUUGGAGAAGCAGAAUGAGGCUCGAUAUCUGCGGGACCACAAAGAGGAGCUCAUAGAGGAACUUGCUACAACCAUUGUGCAAAAAAUCAUCCAGAGGAGGAAGCAUUCGGAAAUGCAGACAGAGUAUGACUUUGUCUGGCCUCAGCCUCAGUCUCUGAUCCAGACCAGUGAACUUCCCUCUCCGUCUGAACCUCAUACUUCUUCUCAAGGACCACAGGAACCCCUCAAAACCUCCUACUCCCUCAAUAGGUCACGCUCAGCGUUUUCCCUCACCAGUGACGACUCCCCAGAGAAAGGUCCAGAGGCGGUGGGCGCAGGAGCAGGCGGUGACCUGCAGGAGUACGCUUCUCUGAAGAGGGAGGCCAAGGCCACGUCUCUACCGAGCUGGAAGAGUGUUGAUCGCCUGGACAACUCCAGUGCAUCCUCAGUGCUGCAGAGUCCAGACGGUAACUGGAUCGCGCUGCACAGUUCUCAGCUGUCUCGGCCCAGUCUGCUGACCAAGAGGAAGAGCUUGGUGUUCAGCGUGCUGGAGAAGGAGUCCGGCGUCGUCUCGGCUUACGACGAGAUGGGAUCGGACUCGGAGGAGGACGAGGGCGGCUGGGGCGCAGCACUGAGACAGUUCCGGCGCAAACUGUCCGAUGAAACUUACUACACUGACUCGCAGCAUGACCCGGAGUGGACGUACACGCAGCAUCUUCCCGUGACCUCACCGUCCUCUGGCCAGUACACCAACACCGAGACUCUUAACUCGGACUCUGAAGCUUCGUCUGUGCUGUCCGCUUGUCCCCGCAAACCGCCUCAUCACUUGCAGAGGAAAAAAGGACCACCGGAUACUCACCUGCACCCUCAUCACCAACCACUGUACCACCAACACCUUCACCAGAACUUCUCCCCGUAUCCUCUACAUUCAGAGGCACUGGAUGUGAACUUCAACCCUAAGGUGAUGGGAGACAGCAGCGAGGCCGAGGAGAGUCAGAGCGACCCCAUUAAGAGGUCGCGGCGGCGGCGAAAAAGCAAAAGAGAGUCCUCAACGGAGCAAAGCAAGGCUGGAGGCCAGAGCCACACACAGUCCAUCUAUCCAUUAGUACAGGAGAACAGUGGUUUCCUGCUUAAUGCGCUGCUCAAGAGGGGUUUAAGCGAGGAACAGCCAGUAUCAGACACUGUGCCAAUGACCACAGCUGCAUCGGACACUUUUGGAUUAGAUGCCAUGACACCAGAUCCUGAAGAUUUGGACACAGUUGCCCCAAAUUCAGCUGCCCUAAGUCCACCACAGCCCCACUCUCUACCUCCAGCGUCCCAGCACUCGGCCAGCAGCUCAGGGCCUGGAGAUCCUCUGGAAGAGGAAUUAAGGUCCAGGCUGAGUCAGCUGGUCAAACGUACAAACAGCAAAGGCAACAGCUCAUCUGAGGACGAGUGCACGAAGUGGCCCGCGGAGAGACAGGCAGAUAAACCAAGUGACAGACAGAGAGAGAAGACAAGGGCAAAAGACACAGAAAGAGAGAGACAGCGUUUAAACGACAGGUUAAGAGAGACCGCAAGUGAUACAGUGGAACACGUGAAUGGACAAGAAUUGAAAAGCAGCGAGAGACUUAUUAAGAGUCCUUUGACGAGAGAGCAAGGACGAGUCAGGGAGAGGAGGUUAGAGAAAGGUGUGGAAAGCUUGGAAGAGAGGGUGGAUGCGAGGGAACCAAUGAGAGGAGAUAAGAGAGAGACAAAUAGACAUAGUAAGAGACAACAUAAAAGAGACGUGGAGAAGGAGAAAGGAGGAGGAGGAGGGAGGAGUGGUUCAAGCGCCAGUUCACCUGCUGUUACACCUUCUUCCCACGAGGUGGUGCUGCCAGACAACCAGGAGAGACAGAAUGACUUGGAGCAACAGCGGAGGCUUCAGUUGCUCUCCUCUCUCUUGCAACAGAAGUACUCGGCGGCCUCUCUCUGCAGCAUCACCACAGAGGUGCUGAAGGUUUUGAAUGCUACAGAGGAGCUGAUCGGUGAGGCGGGAGGCGACAGCUGCACGCCGACCGAGUCCAUGAGCGCGUCUCCGAUCUCCAGCUGCUCCGAAACCCGCAGGCUGGACCAGAGGCUGACCAAGAUGGAGGAGAAUGUAUACCUUGCUGCUGGUGCUGUGUAUGGCCUUGAGGGGGCACUGGGAGACCUGGAGCAGUGUGCCCGCAGCAUAAGUAGUGGUACAACGGACACAGAGAUGGCAUUCCUGGAAGACCAGGUAGCUACUGCUGCUGCUCAGGUCCAGGAGUCUGAAAUACAGAUAUCAAACAUAGAGGCUAGGAUAUCAGCUCUGAAAACAGCUGGGUUAAAUGUGACAGUCUGCAAUCGCUUCUCCAAGAGCAAGCCGAAGGCAAAGCCUCACACUCUUGACUCAUCGCGCCAUCAAAGACGGAAGCUUCCAGCACCUCCUCUGAAAGAAAAAUUGGAGCCAGAGCAGCAACUGAAAGUGUGUCUGCCAAAGUGACAGUUAGCAGCACAGCAAGUCCCCCAGGGACAGGGGCCAUUCUCAUCCAGUGCCUUGACCUAGCGUCCGCCUCCAGCUCCAAGCCAAGCAGGGACGAACACCUGCCCUGUGUGACCCACCAAGCACUCAGCCCGAAGCCAGGCACUGUACCACGUCAGUGAAACACUUCACACAAGACUGUCUCUUUUCCUUUUUCCUACUUUAUCCUCCAUUUCUCCUCAUUAGCACCCGCAUAAUACUUCGUCAAGAAAGGUUGACGCAACAGUUGGUAUCUGCCUUAAAACCUGCAACACCCCGUUACUCAACUCCAAAGGAAUAUCUGUACAGGCAUAGACGGAAAAAAAAAAAACCCUGUUUGCUCCUUUUGUCUGUUUGCAAAAGUAUUGUGAUUUAAUGUUCAAUGAAGAUGUGACAAAACCACCUGAGAUUUUAUGUGAUUCAGUGUCUGAAAAAGAGAUGGAGCCAUGUUUAAUACAGCAUGUUCUCUCUCACCAAGAAUUUCAUCAUACUGACUGUCAGCCCUUUUUCUAGUUAAUUGUCAGGAUACACAAACCCACCUCUGGAAUUUCAAUAUUUAA